AUGGCACGUUUCUCAACAAAGCGCACGUUGGAGGAGAUAGUCAACAAAUCGGACUCCGACGACUUCGACUACAGCGAUCACCCCAUUCGAUCAUCAAGGCAUUCGGCAUCCAGGUCUAAGAAGAAAAAGUCAAAGCCUGCGAAGAAACGACGACGCCAGAACUCUGACGACGACGACGAUAUCGAUUCGGACGACGAUCUUAGUGAAGUCGAUGAGCUUUCAUAUGACGAGUCUGAAGAAGACGAGGAGGAGGCAGCUAAUGUCGAGAGAAAUGCGAGGGGUAUUGCGCGUCGCAAAGCGGUCCGAAACCGUCCGGUUUACAAGGAAGACGAUUCCGAGGAUGAAAAGGAAUUAGAUGAUGCCUCAGACCAAGGGGCUAAAGAGGAAGACGAUGGGGAUGGAGAGAGAGAACAAGAAGAACAUGAAGAAGUGCCAAUUGAAGCACCGUCCAGAAGAACCCGCCGAAAUGUGAUUACGCUGAAGGUCGGCCGAUCUUUGAAGCGGCUGCCGACACCAGACCUGCAUAGAGAAACUAGGCGCAGUACCCGACAUCAUCGUGACCCAUCGGAAGAUAUUUAUGCUUUGACGAACUCUGGGAGGCACGUGGAAACUGUUGAGCAUGGUAUUCCAAAUCCCGAUUCAAAAAACACCGGAACGCGACGCGUAUCAGACACUGUGAACAGGAAAGAGACAAUUGAAGAAGAAGACGAGGAACGUUCUGGUGGAAGUAAACCUAAUGAUAACAAUGAAGACGCGAAGGUAUCGUCAUUGGAAGUACUUGAGAGCGAUCCUUCUGGUGGAUUUCUCGAGGGUUUGUCUGCUACUGCGCAAGGCACCAUUGAUAAUGGUGAUGUUGAAAUGGCCGACGAAAGCGUAAUCCCCGAAUCCGACAAUGAACUUGCAAAAGCAGAAGAUGAUGGAGAUGACGAAGAUGACGAGGACGAGGAACCCACGUCACGAAGAAGGACUCGACCUAGUCAGACGUCGCCAGCAGACAACACAGAUGACGGAGGACGUGAAACUCGCCCCAGUCGCAAAAAACCCGCGCGCUCAUCACAACGGAAACAAGACGAUAGCAGUGACUUUGAGCCCAAUGAAGAAGAGUCCGAAGACGAUGACGUAUCUGCAACAGAUCCCAAUGCGUCACCCCGCAAAGGUGAAGCGGUCGUCCCGGAUGAAGAGAGUGGUAAUGACAGGCGCCCAGGGCUUCGUAAUAGAAAGUCACAAUCGCGUGGCCGGGGUGAUUCGGAAGCUUUUGAUGGCGAAGCUGAGGAGUUGGCAGAGGAACUUGAAGACUUGCAACCCGCUCGUCGUCGACGAAGGAAAGAAGAGGCCAUUACCUAUGAAGAUAAACCUCGUCGUAGCAGGAAGGAUGUGGAUUACCGCCUUAUACGACCUGAUCUGUUCCUUCCGAUCGAAGAGGCAGAAUCUGAACCCACGGAAUCCCCUUCCCGCCGCGGACGAGGUGGUGGAGGCAGCUCCUGGCAACGAACCCUCUUUUCAACAUCUGGUCCCUUUGGCGGUGGUGGGCCUGCAGCUGUUCUUGGUCCGCCGGGGGCACUAGGGGGAAACAAUAUAGACAGUGACAGCAGUGACGACGAAACAAUGCAAGUGAAGGGUGCUCCUGCAGCACAAGGAGUGCCAACAUUGGCUACAGGAGGGACCGGAUUUACAUCAGCCCAGCCUCAUAGUACAGACGCCGCCGCUCCUGGUCUCUCGGGGACACCUGCAAACUUUGGCAAGGUUAAAGACAAACAGGCAUUGGCUGAUGCCGAUCCUCUGGGAAUUGACCCUAACGUUAAUUUUGAUAGCGUUGGCGGCCUUGAAGGUCAUAUCGAUCAGCUCAAAGAGAUGGUGGCAUUGCCACUUCUGUACCCGGAAAUUUUCCAUCGUUUCCAUAUUGUUCCUCCACGAGGUGUCCUCUUCCACGGGCCUCCUGGAACUGGAAAAACAUUGAUGGCUCGAGCUCUAGCAUCCAGCGUGAGCUCAGAAGGGCGAAAGGUCACCUUUUACAUGAGGAAGGGUGCCGAUGCCCUAAGUAAGUGGGUUGGUGAAGCCGAAAGACAGUUACGGUUACUCUUUGAAGAGGCCCGGAAGACACAGCCUAGCAUCAUAUUUUUUGAUGAGAUUGAUGGGCUUGCACCCGUUCGAUCUAGCAAACAGGAGCAGAUUCAUGCAUCCAUUGUUUCUACUCUGUUAGCUUUAAUGGAUGGUAUGGAUGGAAGAGGUCAGGUUAUAGUUAUUGGUGCUACGAAUAGACCGGAUUCUAUCGAUCCCGCUCUCCGUCGACCGGGCCGUUUUGAUCGCGAAUUCUACUUUCCACUACCGAACAAGGAUGGCCGACGCGCUAUCUUGGAUAUUCAUACCAAAGGCUGGGAUCCUCCUCUACCACAUACGAUCAAGGAUGAAUUAGCGGAACUGACCAAAGGCUAUGGAGGUGCGGAUUUACGUGCUUUGUGCACUGAAUCUGCGCUCAAUGCUGUUCAAAGGCGAUAUCCGCAGAUAUACAAAUCUAGCCAAAAGCUGCUGAUUGACCCAAAGACCAUUGAAGUGACACCAAAGGAUUUCAUGAUUUCUAUCAAAAAGAUGGUGCCUUCCUCCGAGAGAUCUACUUCGUCCGGGGCUACACCAUUGCCUAAAACCGUGGAACCAUUGUUGCGAAAUCGAUUUACAGAGAUUAAGGAGUUCUUGGCCAAUAUUCUUCCUCAGCCGAAACGGCUGACAGCCUUGGAAGAGGCACAAUUCGAAGAACCCGAGGGCGGCGGCAGUUUCAGGCGAGAACAAAUGCAACAAGAGUUUGAAACAUCUCGCAUAUUCAGACCACGACUGCUUAUAAGGGGCUCAUUAGGGAUGGGUCAGCAAUAUCUCGCCGGUGCUGUGCUUCACCAUUUCGAGGGUCUCCAUGUCCAAUCAUUUGAUCUUCCCACUCUUAUGAGUGAUUCCACCAGGUCCCCAGAAGCUACUGUUGUUCAACUAUUCGCCGAAGUCAAGCGGCACAAGCCGAGUGUGAUCUAUAUACCGAAUGUUCAGACAUGGUAUGACACAGUUGGGCACACGGUGAUAUCAACAUUUAUUGGUCUUCUUCGUUCCAUUCCUCCAACAGACCCCGUACUGCUUCUUGGCGUCAUCGAGGAGGAUGGAGAGCCGUUAGAUGCGACGAUGCUCAAAAGCCUUUUUGGCUAUUCACAGAGGAACCUAUAUGCCUUACCACCACCAAAUCAGCAGUCUCGACAUGAAUUUUUCGGUAGAGUGAUUGACUAUGUCAAGACCUCACCGGAAGACUUCCCUGAUCCAGAAAAUCGCAAAAGAAGAAAAUUGGAGGAUCUGGAGGUUGCACCUCCUCUCGAGCAGAAGGCUGACACACUCUUGACAAAGGAUCAAUUGAAAGCACAAAAGAGAAAGGAUCGUCAGACUCUGAAUCUACUGAAAAUUAGGAUCCAGCCUAUCAUGGACCAAAUCAAAAAAUAUAAGCGCUUCAGGGCCGGGGUAGUGGAUGACUCACAAAUUCGUUACCUAUUUGAAGAAGAAGACCCUUCAGUUCUUACCAGCGACCUACCAUUGGACCAGCAGACGGCGUUCCGACCUUUUGAGAAGAGCAUUGAUAAAAAUGGAGUACCUGGAUUGAAAGAAGUUGCAACUGGGCGUUUCUUUUACAAUCUUGAAAUUGUCACUAUUGAAAAGCGUCUCUCCAACGGCUAUUAUAAGCGCCCAAAGGAUUUCCUUGCUGACAUCAAAAGGAUCGCAAAGGAUGCACGUGCACUCGGAGAUCAAGAGCGACUCCUACGAGCCAAUGAACUUUUGACGAACGUGGAAGUUGACAUCGGCGGCAUCGAACAAAGCGAUCCAGUCUUAGUUGCCGAAUGCGAAGGCGUGUAUCUUCGCGAACUAGAGCGUGAGAAAGCAGUAAUGGAGCGCGCCAAAAAAGCAGAAUUAACAGGAGACAUGGCACCACCCAGCCAAUUAAACGUUCCACAUGGCAACACUGAUUCAGCCGUAUCUUCUGGCCCAGUUGUUCUCGGUCAGCCUUUUACGAACGGUGCUCGGCCGGUGACUCCCUCACAUCAAUCCACUAGUGGUCCUAUGAGCAAUGGGAAUCAUGGUGCAGGCGGCUCUGAUCUCAACGAAGGGGGUAUUCAUGGCUCACAUAGUAACGACCCUUCAAACGCAUCUCGCGCAGAAGAUGGCGAUACCUACAUGACAAAUUCCGACGAGCUAGACUAUACUGGACGCUUAACUGCAAAUAGCUCGUUUGGGCCUUCAGCCCAACCGAAACACCCGCUUUCUAACACAGCACCCUCUCAGCAAAUUCGAAGAGAGUCUGGAAUCUCAAGUCUAUCACAAAAAGGCCCCAUGACUCCUAUGGCCCCAGGCUCCCAGCCUGGUGACUACACUAACGAUGCUUCAACGACACAAACUACCUCUGAUAAGAAGACGUCGGAUCAGUCCACAGGGCCUCAGCUUCAUACACAGAGUCUUACGACAGGGAGUGGCCCACGAGGGGAAUAUCCUGAUCUGACUUCAUACCCUGAUCGAAUCUCACAGGAGGAGCAUCUUCCUGAUACUCAGCAAGGCAGUCUUCUUAAUACGAGUCAGCCUCUGAUACGUCCACAUUUGCAAAAUAACGCGCAGCAUCGUCCGGUUCCCGCUUCCGAUGCUGCCGCCAAACCGUCUGCGCAACCGACGAAUAUCAAAUCUCUUCUGAAUAAUGAAGAACGAAAUCCACGGGUUGAUAUCGAUCACGGGUACAUCGACCAACUUCACAUUCAAUUGACCCAGCAGACCAGUGGCUGCUCUGUGGAACAGCUUGAACAGAUCAACACGCAAUUGAUGGACAGUAUUUGGAAGCAACGGGGAGAGUGGGAUAGGACAAAAGUUGCUGGUCAUGUCAAAGAUAAGUUCAACGAAGUGCUACAGGAUAUGCAAAGCAACCAAUUGUUCUCUUCCAUGAGCCAGCAGACCCGGGAGCAGUUAGCGGUGCAACAGGUCAGCGCUGGGAGACACGCGAUUUCAUAA